CUUAAAAUACGAUUUAUGACGGAUGAUCAUCCGUCGCCGCAUAGUUGACCCGCCACAGGACUUGUCGGAUUUCCCGCUUCGCUAUUUGAUUAAACAGGAAUUUAUUCUCAACUUCUAUGUCUGCAGAUUUGUUCGCGGAAUUUGGGUUCGGGUCCCCUGCUAACCAGUCUUCAGGGACUGCAUCUCAGCAGGCGGCCCGACCUACUAAUCGACCAUCCUCUUUAAUACCCGAUCUAGAAAUAUUUGACAAUGCUCCUCCCAUCGACGUCGCUACGUCACACUCCAUCCAGCCACGCACACUACCGAUCCAUCUAAACACGCCCGUGAAGCAUGAUGUAUCGCGUACAGCGGAUUAUGGCAACAACAGUGCCGUCCUAUUUGACGCUACUUUGGAAGUUCCUUCCAACGACGAUAGCGAAGACUGGGGAGAAUUCGAAUCAGCGGAUACCCAGUCCGGUCAAGGAAUACCAACGAGUUUUAAGCAAGGUCAUGGAGAUGUUUUCGACCGGCAAGGGAAGGGUCCGCACGCGCGAAAAACCGUCGUAGCGCCCAAUCAGCUCGACCUAUUUGAUUUGUUAUCAAUAGAAGAUAAAAUACCACAAACCCACACCCAGGCUUCCAGCGCACUUGUUGACGGUACCCCUAGUCAUAAAAACAGACAUAUUUCAUCCACAACUCCGGACUUAGCUGAAGAAGAGGAAGGAGCUUUUGACGAAUGGGGUGACUUCGUAGAUGGCCCGCCUACGGAUGCAUCGAAGAGCGUUGGGACCCAAGGACCUGCUUCUAGGAAGAUGGCGACCCAAAGCGCUAAGCCCGACACCAAACUAGAAACGAAAAUUCCUUCAGCGUUCGGUGUAUCAAGCAACAGCGUCUCUCCCGCUCGGAUACGCCCGACGAAUAUACCUCCACCAUCUGUUCUACUAGAGUUGUUUCCUCAACUAUUUGAGAAACUCUGGAAGGAAGCCACUGAAGCCAGGAAGAACUCUCCGGAAAAGCAGGAUAUUGAUGGAGUCGCGACGCUGAUUCUCUGUACUUUGAAAGCAGCAGCUCGAGUCGUUGCAGGUCGUACACUACGAUGGAAAAGGGAUAGCAUCUUGAGCCAGAGCAUGAGGAUCGGCCCUGCGCGCUCAGGGAAAUCAGGAGGAAUGAAGCUCAAUACGGUCAAUAAAAACGAGGAUAUCAAGGAACAACAGGAAGCUGUUGACGUGAUCUCCAUAUGGCGUGACCGGACUGCCCUUUUCAAUUCCGUGAUCCAGGCAUCUGGCAGACGACCAAUUCAUGUAAUUCCCGCCAAUAUCCGAGCUAUAAUUGCCACCCCUGAACAAGGAGCUCUAAAAGCUUCCCACGCUUGUGCUCUUUGUGGGUUAAAGAGAGAAGAACGGUUGCCCAAGGUUGAUGAUCAUGUGGAAGAUAGCUUUGGAGAAUGGUGGACCGACCACUGGGGUCAUACUGACUGCAGACAAUUCUGGGAGAAUAACAUGAGCUUACUCACUCGACGAUAAAUAUAUCCUGCAGUAAUCCAACCCCUUGCCUUUAUCUAUGGGAAUCUGAACUAUUGGAAUACUCCGCUUUGUCCUUCUCUGCGCCCGAGGUACUCAAGUGCACUAAAUUGCCUACAUGGAGAACAAGGUCAUAGGACUGUCAGGUACACAAAACCCCUGUGCUUAUCACUAAUAUCGAAUUAGCCAAUGGACACCAGCCCAGAAAAAAGACUAUCAACAUUCACGCAGGGUCAGGUGCCUGCAGAUUUCGACAUUACCAACAUUGAUGAUGAUGAUUGUAACUGCCCCACAUAGACUAGUCCUGUUGCGGAUAAAUGGAUACAUCGUAUUAUUACUAUACAGGGUUUAAGGCGCCUGCGGGUCCUCCGAUAACAAAUGAUAAGGCAGAGCAGG